UGAUAGUUGCAAGCACCACCAUUGUUGCUCACUCCUUUCAGCCCUAGCUAGCUUCUUUCUUUCUCAAUCUUUUACUCUUCAAUGGCUGCAACUCCUUCCAAAUGCAAAUUGCGAUCUCAAUCCGAUGCUAAAUCAUCGCCGACUGUAAUCCCAAGCACUCCGCAAACCCUACAUCUGCGCAGAUCCCUACGCGCCAGGUCCCUCCUCUUCGAUGCUCCCAAAUCUCCCAAUUCACCUUGUGAAAUCUCCCUCACAACUCCCAAACGGAGAAAUAAACGAAUCAGCGAUAAUGUCGGGCAUGAUUCUGGCGAAGUCAAAGUCGCCACUAAAGAAUCAGCUAAGAUGAACGGUGCAUCAAAGGAAAAGUAUAGGAAGAGCUCAAUUGAAGCUUUUCUCGCUCCGGUGACGCCGGAUUCUUCGGAGAAGACCUCAAAGAGGAAGAGGGAGGGUGAGAAGAAGGGUGUGGUUACCAGAGCUAAAAGGGGGAAAUUUGAGAAUGAAAAAAGGAGUUCAAAGUUGCCUGCUAGGCGCCAGUAUUACAAAAAGGUGAUUUUUGAUGGGGGGGAGUUUGAAGUGGGGGAUGACGUUUACGUCAAGAGGAGAGAAGAUGCUGCUUCCGAUGAUGAAGAUCCCGAGGUUGAGGUGUGUAGGAUGUGUUUCAUGACAAACAAUGAGGUCCUGAUUGAGUGUGACGAUUGUUUGAAUGGGUUUCAUUUGAAAUGUCUGAAGCCUCCAUUGAAGGAUGUUCCUGAAGGGGAUUGGAUAUGUGGGUUCUGUGACGCUCGGAGGGUCGGUAAGGAGGUUCAUCUUCCAAAACCUCCGGUGGGUAAGAAAGUGGUUAGAACUUACAGGGAGAAACUUCUUUCCAGUGAUUUGUGGGCUGCUCAUAUUGAAAGCAUAUGGAAAGAGGUAGACAGCAACUAUUGGUGUCGGGUGCGUUGGUAUACAAUCCCGGAAGAGACUUCUGUAGGGAGGCAGCCUCAUAACCUGAGAAGGGAGCUAUACCGAACUAAUGAGUUUGCUGACAUUGAGAUGGAAUCUGUCCUUAGACAUUGCUUUGUUAUGACCCCUAAAGAAUAUGCUAACGCUAGCAAUGAGGGAGAUGAUGUUUUCUUAUGUGAAUAUGAGUAUGACAUCAAUUGGCACAGUUUCAAACGUCUUGCUGAUAUUGACAAUGAAAGAGAGAAUGGUGAAGAGACCGACAGUGAUGAAGACUGGGGCCUUGACAAGGAAUCAGAUUCUGAUACAGAUGAAGAUGUUGGAUAUGAAGAAGAAAACACUAAAGACGGACUGUCUCAGCCAUCAAAAGGCCACCACCUAGCUGCAAAUCUUCACAAGGGACGGUUCUUUGGACUUCAGAAGAUAGGCACUAAAAGAAUUCCACAGCAUGUAAGGUCUCACAAACAGACCGAUCUUGAGAGAGCAAAGGCUACACUGUUGUUGGCAUCACUACCUAAAUCUUUACCUUGUAGAAACAAAGAAAUGGAGGAGAUAACUACAUUCCUCAAAGGUGCUAUUUCUGACAAUCAAUGUCUGGGAGGUUGCCUCUACAUUCAUGGAGUUCCCGGAACUGGCAAGACAAUGAGUGUACUAUCGGUGAUGAGGAGCUUGAAGGCAGAAGUUGAUGCUGGAAACAUCAAACCAUACACAUUUGUGGAGAUUAACGGUUUGAAGUUGGCAUCACCAGAAAAUAUUUAUCGGGUCAUAUACGAGGCACUCAAUGGACAUAGGGUCAGCUGGAAAAAGGCUCUCCACUUGCUGAAUGAGAGAUUUGUAGAAGGAAAGAAAAUCAGAGAUGAGGCUGAUCGACCUUGUAUUUUGCUUAUUGAUGAACUCGAUCUUCUAGUAACCAGAAACCAAUCGGUUCUGUAUAAUAUUCUUGACUGGCCUACUAAGCCACAUUCCAAACUAAUAGUCAUAGGGAUAGCAAAUACUAUGGAUCUUCCAGAGAAAUUACUUCCUCGUAUAUCAAGCAGAAUGGGAAUUCAGAGGCUUUGCUUUGGCCCAUAUAAUUUUCACCAGCUUCAAGAAAUCAUCUCAAGUCGCCUAAAUGGAAUUGAUGUAUUUGAAAAGCAAGCUGUAGAAUUUGCUUCAAGAAAGGUUGCAGCUAUCUCAGGAGAUGCACGUCGUGCUUUGGAGAUAUGCAGACGUGCAGCUGAAAUUGCAGAUUAUAGAAUGAAGAAGUUAAUUUCUAAUCCUGAUCUUGUUACUACAGGAAAGCUGCUUGUUGGAAUGGUAGAUGUUGAAGCAGCCAUUCAAGAAAUGUUCCAAGCACCUCAUAUUCAAAUGAUGAAAAGCUGUUCCAGAUUGAGCAAAAUUUUCCUGACAGCUAUGGUACACGAGCUUUAUAACACAGGAAUGGGGGAAACCACUUUUGAAAAGUUGGCAACGAGGGUUUCAUGCCUAUGUAUCAGCAACGCAGAAGUUUUUCCUGGAUAUGAUACUCUGCUGCAAGUGGGCUGUAAGCUAGGUGAAUGCAGGAUUAUUUUAUGUGAAGCAGGCUCCAAGCACAAGUUGCAAAAAUUGCAGCUUAAUUUUCCCAGUGAUGAUGUGGCCUUUGCGCUGAGAGAAUGCAAAGAUCUACCUUGGCUGUCAAAGUAUCUAAUGUAGGAAAAUGAGAAUUACAAAAUAGUUCAACAUUCUCAUCUUUUACCUAAGGUUGUCUGUUUGAUUCCUGGGCAAGAAGUCACAACAUUUGUUUAGACUACUUUAUUCUUUAGUGAGUCGUCCAACUAAGGGAGAGUAAUCAGACUCACAAAUUUACCUUCUGUUAUAAGUAAAGAAUUACGUUUUUAUA